AUGUCCACGGUGGGAGUGAGUUCGGCAUCAAUCAGCCAGCAUGAUUUGCCAGCUCCGCGGUUCGGACAUUCCACAACAUUGAUAGGGCCUAAUUCGGUGAUCUUGUUUGGAGGUGCGGUGGGUGAUACGGGUCACUACCAGAUCACAAAUGAGUGUUACCACUACAACUUGACUGACAAAACGUGGUCGAAGCUGGAGGCGGAGAAUCCUCCUCGCGCUCGAGCGGCUCACGGGGCAGCGCGCGUGGACACGAUGCAGAUGGUGAUAUACGGGGGUGCUACAGGGGGCGGUACGUUGAGUACGGAGGAGCUUUAUUUGCUCGACUGCCGGAAAUUCCCCAAGACGAUCUCGUGGAUGACAGUGCCAAUCAGCGGUCCCACUCCGGGUCGCCGUUACGGCCACUCGAUGAACUACUAUAAGCCGAACCUGAUUGUAUUCGGAGGAAACAACGGUCAACAAAGUUUGAACGAUAUCUGGUAUAUGGACGUGGUCCAGAGUCCUUUCCUUUGGAACCAGGUCCACAUUCCUCCCGGGGAUAAGAAGCCGCCGGAACGUGUGUACCAUUCGGCGGACGUAUGUCGCGAUGGCCCAGCGAACGGCAUGCUGGUCAUAUUUGGGGGCCGGACCACCAACAACGAGCCCAUGAAAGACGUCUGGGGGCUGCGGCAGCAUCGAGACCUCAGCUGGGACUGGGUCGCUGCCCCCGUCAAGAAGGGGUCGCUGCCGGAAGCGCGUUUCCAGCAUUCGGCCGUCUUCAUCGGCACGAAAAUGUUCGUCGUGGGCGGCCGCGAGCAAGACGUAAGCAAAAUGCUGUCUACCGCCAUGUACGACACGGAGACCUGCGAGUGGAAGUCCCUACCAGGCGUGGAGCGGUUCCGCCACGCCUCCUGGGCGGCGGGCACCCAAAUCUACACUUUCGGUGGCUUCGACCACCAGACGCAGACACACCCCACUGACAACCUCCAGGUCAUGGACGCCCUGA